UUUCUGGAAACCCUGAAACAAAUAAACAAACAAACACAAAGCCUCUCCUGCAGGCAACAAUCUAUGGCUUCUUUGAGCACCACUCUUUCACUCCCAAGUUCUUGUCCCUCAUCUUGUUUGCGCUCUUCAAACAAGAGCAUCAAUGCUGCCAUCCACUUCUCGAGACGGCCCAGAGUCCGCUUCUCAACUCCUGAGUUAACACUGACCACCCAAAGUACGGUUGGUGAACCGAAAACUGCUCCAGUACUGUUAGACAGUUGCACGAAUAGUAUCGAUAAUGAUAAAUCUGCUGAGAUCACCACUCGGCUUUAUAUGAUGCUAGAGGAAGUCAUUGACCGGGUCGAGAUGCACAGAAAUAUGGGCGAGCAAAGAGAUAACUGGAACACUUUGCUCCUCAACUCCAUCAACAUGAUGACUCUUGCAGCCACAACAAUGGCGGGAUUGUCUGCCAUUAGUGGUGGAUCUAGUGGAGGACCUCUGAAGUUGUCUUCCUUCCUUCUAUUUUCUGCUUCGACAGGAAUGCUAAUGAUCAUGAACAAGAUCCAGCCAUCACAACUUGCCGAGGAGCAGAGGAAUGCGAUGAGGUUCUUCAAGAAGCUCGAGAGCGAGAUUAAGUCAAAACUUGCCCUUGGAGGGGCGAUGGAAGCUGACGUGGAGGAAUUGGUGUUGAAGGUUUUGGCCCUUGAUCGGGCAUUUCCACUUCCCUUGCUCGGGAAGAUGCUCGAGAAGUUCCCGAAGAAGUUUGAGCCCGCCAUCUGGUGGCCCUCAAAGAGCUGCCGCCCUGUAAAGGAAAAGAAAUCCGAGAGACUGCCUCAUCAGCCGAGUAUGGAGAGUGGGAAUAACAACGGGUGGAGUGAGGAGCUCAAAACCGAGAUGAGGGCUGUGGUUGAAGUCAUGAAGAGGAAGGACGUCGAAGACUAUGUUCGACUGGGAAACUUGGUUUUGAAGACAAACAAGGUCCUCGCAGCCUCGGGUCCGUUGCUAACCGCCCUAGCUGCGGUUGGCUCGGCUCUCAUGGGAUCGCAUUCUGGAGGCUCGUGGGCAACAAUGGCAGCGCUCCUGGGUGGGGCGCUGGCGGCAGCAGUUAACACUUUCGAGCACGGAGCGCAAGUGGGAAUGGUUGUUGAGAUGUACAGGAACUGCACGGGGUUCUUCGGUCUGCUGGGGGAGUCGAUUGAGACCGAGAUAGAGGAAAGGAGGGAGAAUGGAGAGCUGUUUGAGAUGAAGGUGGCGCUUCAGCUGGGAAGAAGCUUGCCAGAGCUGAGGGAUUUGGCGAAGAAGUCAAUUUAUUCGAACACGGAGGGGAUAGAAAUGGAUGAAUUUGCAAGCAAGCUUUUCUAAAUAGUAAACCCUAAUUAAGCUUGCCUGCAUGCAGACAGUAUAAUUCUUUGAUUCGUUUUUAACAAAAUCUUUGUUCAUCCAACCUUUGUAUCGACUAACAUAUGUGUAAUACGCUAAUACAGCAAAUUAGGAUGUAUAUAUAUAUAUACA